AAAAGUCACCCGUAAACAGGGUGAUGUUCUGUUUGUGUGUCUUCAUCUGAACGUUUAUCAUCAGCAAGACCAUCGCUGAAAGCCGGGAACGUUCCAGUCCUGAGCCCAGCCGUCUUCAGGCCUCUGGUCUUCUGAGAGUCGUGGGAAACACAUAAGGCUUGUGUCGCUUCUAAGCUUCUCAGGGUGGCGUUUGUUUCAGACCCGAGUUGAGUAACCAGCUGCUGUGUCUGCAGGUCCACUGGGACUAAUCCACUUAGAGACCUGGAGACCACACAGAAUGAGCAACACACAGGACGAGGAGGUGCUGCAGCAGGUGGAGCGGGAGGUGCGCAUGCGUGAGGGGGCCAGCAAGCUCCUGGCUGCUUGCUCCCAGCGAGAUCAGGCCCUGGAGGCCUCCAAGACCCUGCUGGCCUGCAACACCCGCAUCCUGGCCCUGCUGACUCAGCUGCAGAGGAUGAGAAAGGCCCAAAUCCUGCAGAGGGCGGGACGCAGGCCGUCUGAAGAAGCCCCGCCCUGUGAGGGAACAGUCGCCGUGUCAGACCUGCGGAUCCCUCUCAUGUGGAAGGACUCCGAGUACUUCAAAAACAAAGGCGAGCUGCAUCGCUGCGCCGUCUUCUGCCUCCUCCAGUGCGGCACGACCAUCCAUGACACCGAGCUGGUGCUGGUGGACCGGACCCUGACCGACAUUUGUUUCGAGGACCCUGUCCUAUUCAACAACGUGACUCCAGACUUCCAGCUGCGUGUGGAGGUCUACAGCAGCUGCGUGGAGGACGACUUCUCCCCGGUUCCCGUCGGGCCAAAGAAAGCAAGCCGCCUCGGGGGCUCUCUGGGAUGCUCCUCCGGGAAAAAGAUCCGUGCCGCCUUCGAGUCGGCGGCGGUUUGUGGGUCGGUCUCAGGCGGCAGAGACGGCAGGUCGGCCAGCGUGUCGCCACCGCUGCUUCCCGACUUGUUUGCUCGGGGCCCCAAGUACCACCUGCUGGCCCACGUGACUCUGAGACUCCAUCACGUCCACAACGGUUUCAAGACUCACGACUUUUCGCUGACGGCCUCAGAGGAAAGUCCCUUCUGGCUGCCGCUCUAUGGGAGCAUGUGCUGCCGCCUGGUGGCUCAGCCCCUCUGCCUGACUCAGACGGUCCUCAGCGGCCCGCUGCGGCUGAAGAUGGAGGAGGAAGGCGUCUGGAGGAACAUUUUCGGAGUCCUCCGGGGGAAAAGUCUGGACUGCUAUCAGAGUCAAGAAGACCUGCAGACGGAGAGGAAGCCCAGCGUCCAGAUCUCCAUCACCAAGGAAACCACCGUUUCGGAGUCGCAUCUCUGCCUGGCGGUGCACCUGCCGACGGGGGAGGCGACUCACGUGCUGGCGGCCAGCGACCUGCCGAGGUGGAUCCUGGCACUCCGGCAUCACAUCUUCAGUCUGGCCGAGUGGAAACAGUGCGCUGAAGACCUGAUGAAGAUGGAGCCAGCGAAGAGCUGCAGCAGCCGAAAGUCCCUCACAGUCAAGCCCAGAUCACUUUUCCACGAGAUAGUGUCGCCCUGCUGUCCCACUGAGGGUGCUGCACCUCCAGAUUUGUCCUUGGAGAUCAGAGCUCGCCUUUGGCACUACUACAAAGAAAGCUACUGAAUCAGUGGUCCGGACCAUCGGUUCCUGGGUGUCAGCGAGGAAGACGAUGGCGUCCGAUUCAUCUUCAAGAGAACACCAGCAAUGAUUCGAAAUGUGACAGAAACAAGACGCAGAAGAGGAACCUAACGCUACACAAAUAAAAUGCUUCUGAAUGACUGGCAUGAACUGAUACUGCAGUGGUUUGGAGUCAACUCGAAUCCUUCCCGUUUGGGUUUCCUCUGGGUACUCUGGUUUCCUCCCCGAGUCCCAAAAAUCCAGCGGUUAAAGUGCCACGGAGAGUACUGGGUUUUUAUUCUGUGUAUACAAAAGAAAUCAGUAGAAUUUGAUUUUCAUAUCCAACCAUGUAUAAUCAAUUGUUGUUUCAGACGAGAUUCUCAUAAGUGGAACUAGCGCGACUGCCAUCUUGUGACAUCACUGGAGGUACCAGACACUGGUGCGCUGUGUACUGUAGCAGUAGAAGUAGCGGCAAUAUCAGCCAAUAAUGGGGGAUUUGUCAACAGUUUUUGAGGAAGAAGAGAAGGUUCAUGUGAACCAAGGACGCGACAACUCAGACUAUUGUGAGAGGAUGAAGGGUCUGAACGGAUCAGACACGGACGGCAACACUUGAAUGAUAAUCUCUCUUCAGAAGGGUCAGCAGUACAAAACAUGUCAUGUGUUUGGGUCAACAGUGCGACUGAGUGGGUCUGUUACCGGCGACUAUUGGCGCCUCCUCACCCAUGUUUUUGAUAGCUUCUCUGCUGUUUUGAUACAUUGCCAUCAUGGCUUGUUUACUUUGGAAAACCCUGGGCAUUUGCUGUCCGUUUCCAAACCUGUUUGAGGCAAACUUUCAGGGCAAAAUAAUCCUGCAAAGCAGCCACCAUCGGCUUGACCAUUCAGUUGAUGAUUCGAGUCAUCGUCACCUCAGAUAUUAGCUGAUGAUGGACCUCCGCCACGGCUGUAAAAGAAUGUGGCGUUUCACAGCCAAGCCACGCCAGAAAUGAGCAAUGAACAGUCUGGUGAUCUUCAGUGACUUGGGGAAAAUCAGUGUCCUCUUCACUGUCCUCAUGCAGACAGCUGCGCUGCAGCGAGAUCACAGCAGUGAAAACAGUGACUGUAGAGCGCUGCAUUAUUCAUUUAAGCAAAUCUGUCUGUCAAUAACAUCAGGUGUUUAUCAACCUAAUAAAGGCGAAAACGUGAAUUAUCAAACAUCCGCAUAAGUAGCGAGACCCGGCGUUGCACUCCCGUUCCCCAGCACUAUUUUCCUGCCCACGCAGCUGCAAACCUCAGUGUUCAGGGAGUUUGAGAAGAACGAUGUUGUCUGCCCGGGAUCUAUCAUGUUUGUGUGGAGUCGCACUGUACACGUAGUGUCCAGCGUCCAGCGCAGAGUCACCUGAGGCGAGAAGCUCACGGAGAGUUUCCCGAGACAAGGUGCAGCUCUCCAGCCGGGAUCAAGUCCACGGCCAAGACCCGACUCACUUGUGUUCACAUGUCAGACUUCUGAGCCAAAUGCGCUUUGUCUCGAGACAGAGUCCGCAGUGUGAAACCGCCCUAACUUGCUGUCAUCGACUGUGGUUACAUCCAGAUAGUAGCCCGACUAAGUCACGAUUGCGUUAUGUUCUCCUAGUUUACAUGCAGUGGAUAUACAAUAAGUCAAAUUACAGCGUGCCUAAGGGUGGAGCCGUGAGCUCUUCAGUCCUUCCGGUUCUAUCAAAACCACCCAUGAGUGAAGGCAGUUGAAGACAAAUCUAUGCAUCUGCAGAUCAUUGACGUCACGAAUAAUGUUGUGAGUUCACCGCAGACACGGGUCAGAGACGUCAUUGUUUGCUUCCGUGGCAUAGCUGAAGCUUGUGCAGCCGCACGUCUCUCAGUCCGGUCAGCUCCGUCCAUCAGCACAAACUCUUCAAUUGGGCAGCAAAUUUCUCUUGCAGAAAUAGAUGAGGAAUUUGCAUCAAGAAAAGCCCGACUGAAAGAGUGAAAUUUUGAAGAGUGAUUACGCAUGUCUAUUUCUGUUUUGUAUUUGUUUGCAUUUGUCAUGUGUAACUGUUUCAAUAAAAAGAGAUACAUGGAUAUAAGAGGUUAUGUUUUUUGGGGAGGCCUCACUUUGUCUGUUUGGUUGUGACAGACAGAGGAAUUCUCCUCAGGGUGCCGCUGACAUGUCAGCCACAGGUCUUUAUGGGAACGACAUGGAUGUUCUGAUGUCCUGGAUUGUUCAUGUUCAUUCAGCAGGAGGGCUUUUCAAGUGGCGAACUGAGAUUCUGAGUCAAAUCUCAAGUGGUGGAGGCAGUUUAAAUCAAAGUCCGGUGUUUCAUUGUUUUGAACUUUGACAGUUAGGGGAGCCCUGAAAUGGAAUUAGAGGUGCUAACCUCAACAGCUACAUGAGACAUGUUAUGAAGGAGAUUCAGAAAAGUCAGACGUUCUGCUUUGAUAUUGACGUUGAAAUUGGCUAAGAACUGCAGCUGAUUCUUUUUGGAAGUCCAUGUACCGUCCACAUACGACCUGUCGGUCAAGAUGCUCAGCUCGAUGAGAACAACGUUCUGGUGAUCAGCUUGCAAUAUGAAUUGUUUCCAUAGCUCUCAUGUGACAAUCGGAGCGUGAGCCAAGUUCAUGCUGAAUGACCUGUUUGUGUACGGCGAGACUGAAGGGACGUUUGUUUUCCAUUUCCACACAGCUCCAUGUGUGACACUCAUGGCAGCCUGGGUGACCUCGCCACUCUGUUGACUCACAACGAGUUCCAGUUUGAUCCUUUGGUAAACUCGCAGCACAUCGCAGUCAUGUGGGAAAUCAACAUUGACGCACCGUGGAGCCAUUUAGUUUCCAGCUCGUGUUUGUCCCGUCUGUCCGCAGACAAAGCCCAAACGGAUGAGGAAUCGUCAAAAGGGUGAAGUCUUGGUCAAAGUCGUCGGGGAGGUUUCCAUUUUUAGGUGAGUUGAGCACAAGGGGUCAACUGUAGGUCCUGGGGUUUCACCAGAACAGGCCACGGUGUAAAGACUCGGGGUGGAGAAUUUGGACCGCACGAAUUCACAGUCAUCGACGUGAUAUGCCUGAAUGUGGUACGACAUCAGUCAGCAGCGAGCCGUAACGACACAAAGCGUUUUGAACCGUUUCAUGUUGUGACAUGAAGCAACAAUGAUAACAUUUAAUAUGCAUGUUUUUUCUGAAGGACGAAUGCGUGUCACCAAUAGUAACAGAGCUGUUGGGUGAGUUUGCUAAGCUGAGGAAACGCAGAGUGGGAAGUUGUGUUUUUCUUUUCCUAUAAAAUAAUGUGGAGCUCACGAUGACAGUGUUGCUGGAACACCUCAGCGCCUCUGAGAUACACGUGUCGGUGAUGGAAAGAUCUGACAUCUGGAUGUGUCUUCAAGUAACCUCUGAAUGUCAUUGGUCCAUUGGUGGCACAUAAGGGAGGCGGCUGGCCCCAGGCCCGGACUUUCCAGGGGCCCUGGCAGGAAGGCUCAGAACGCUGUGUGAGUCAUGACGCUAAGAAGUGAUUUGGAAGGAAGGCACUUGUUAUACAGGGUGCUCCAGUCCACUCAGACUGAGUCAAGUCUCAGGUGUAGCUUCAAAGAUAGAAUUUCUCCAGAUGCAUUCUGGGUAUCAACUGCCCGGUCAGUCACCACCAACUGUAUAAAUUACCUUUUCCCUGAGGACGAACCCAUGAAAGAGACAUAUACUGUAUUAAACUGCCUUUUUUCUUCUGACCAUUGGGGACAUUUUGGUUGCUAUGGCAGCAGUACGUCAAAGACAUAGAUGAAGCAAUAAGACAAUCAACAUUGAACCAAAGAAGAAUAAGAAAAAAUGUUAAACAUACUGCAAUAAAUAAAAUGAUAAAAAUAAAUAAAAAAUAAAAAUGUAAAAGUACAGCAUAAAUACAGCGAGGGUGGACAAGGCCUUCUCCAGCGUUGUUGCGUUCUGGAAUAAGACCUGUAACCCGUAUGACACUUGCAUGCCAGACCAAUGCCGAGCUAACGUCUCGCUUGGUCCGUUGUCCCCUCCUCACUUCAACCCCGGUGUGGCUCCCACGUCUGUUCCUCCACAGAACACCAGCUAGGACGCUUCACCAGCAUGGAGUUAGCAUGACUUGCUAACUGUGAAGGCAACAAAGGCAAAGAGUAGUUUAUGCAGAAGCAACGGUAUCGCUCCAUCCAGCAAAUCCACACAAGACAAGAACAAACAGAAAAAGUAAAGCAGAGAAAGGAACAAGAACUAGGAAAACUGCAGA